UCAAACCCAAUAGAGCCAUGAAUCGAUCAAACGAAGGUAGAUUCGAGUUCAGCUCGCUUGAAUAGGUCGUCGGUCCGACGAGACCACAGCAUCGUUACAUGAUCGCACGUGAAUCCCUGGACCUGGAACCUUCGACCUGCGAUCAAAAACCCCUCUCUCUCUCUCUCUCUCUCUCUGCAAAUGAAGAGAGACGGGGACGAAGACUCGAAUCCGCUCUGCUGAAGCCCCCCCGAAGGAAACCAUGAGCGGCGGCCGCAAGCGUCGCUCCUUCGCGGACAUUUUCAAAGUCGCGGCCAAGAGAGUUUCUGGAGCUCUCGCCGUCCUCCUCCUCCUCCGCAAGCGGAAGAGCUCCUCGAAGCCCGCCGUGUCCGGCGCUCCCCGGAGUGGCAGGCAAGUCAGCGCCGUCUCGUCUUCUUCAGCUACUACCGGGAGUUCGUCGAACGCUAAGUCGUCCUUCUCGCACGUCUCUUCUUCUGCUUCCGCGAUUGCUACGAGUGGACUCGUCGCGCCGCCGGGUUUCACGAUGGAAGACAUCAUCAAGGCGACGGGGAAUUUCUCGGCAUCUAACGUGAUCGGGGAAGGUGCGUUCGGGACGGUCUACAAGGGCAAACUCGGGGACGGAUCGCUGGUCGCCAUUAAGCGUGCCAAGAAGAAUAUAAUCAAUCAGCAAGUAUCAUCCGAGUUCAAGAAUGAAGUCCUUACCAUGUCGAAGAUAGAGCAUCUGCAUUUGGUAAGGUUGUACGGGUAUUUGGAGCACGGAGAUGAGAGGAUCAUCGUGGAAGAGUAUGUCGGCAAUGGAACGCUGCGGGAGCACCUGGAUGCAUGCACAGGGGGAAAUGGACUCGAAAUGACUGAGCGUCUGGAUAUCGCAAUUGAUAUUGCUCAUGCAGUUGCCUAUCUUCACACAUACUCCGAUCCUCCAAUUAUACACCGAGAUAUUAAAGCAUCAAAUACAUUGAUCACGGAGAAACUAAGGGCCAAAGUGGCAGACUUUGGAUUCGCACGAUUGGCUUCUGAAGACCCUGAUGCAACACACAUCUCCACUCAAGUCAAGGGAUCGACAGGUUACUUGGAUCCCGAGUACCUUAGGACAUACCAGCUUACUGAAAAGAGCGAUGUGUAUUCAUUCGGCGUAUUGCUUGUGGAGAUGAUGACAGGAAGACACCCCAUCGAACCAAAGAGACCACUCAAGGAGAGAGUAACCAUAAAAUGGGCAAUGCAGAAACUAAAAGAGGGAGACGCAGUUCUUGUCAUGGACUGGCGACUGCGGAGAAGUCCAGCAUCCAUCAUGGCUCUGGAGAAAAUCCUUAAACUGGCUCGACGGUGCCUUGCUUCCACGAAAGAGUCGAGGCCUUCCAUGCGGAAGUGCGCUGAGGUGCUAUGGGAAGUUCGGAAAGAGUACUGGGAGAGCGCUUCCUCCCCUUCACCUUCUGCUUUACCUCAGUCUGCAAAUUAUCCCGUUAGGGACGCGAGGAAUCAUCGCCAUACGUCAUUCGGCAUUGAAGAGGGCGAAAGCUAUAAAUUUGUGUCCGCAUGAUCCAGCUUCCCUCUGUAUAGCCUUUGCUCAACUGUGAAUAUUGAGCUCGUGAACCAGAGUGACUACUGGCCACUCACUCGUCAUGUUUUGUUCAACUUCAUUGGAACCUACAGAUUUGUCUAAGAGGACUAGCUAGUUCUGGAUCCUGGAUGUGAAGAGAGGAGUAAAUCCUGAACAAGGCAAAGGUUGGCAACUGCUACACUUGUUUUCGUCCUGAGAGAUGUCUGAGUGCAAGCAACUGUAGCAAUCCGGAGGCACCUGAGGCUCUUAAGAGCCAAAGAUUUCAAGAAAAGGAACCCAAAACCAAGAAAAACUAUCCUCCGCAGGAUAGUUCUGAAUCUCCUCUUCGAUUACAGUUCUUAUCUUUGGUUACGUGCAUGAUUUUGUCGUGCAUGGCCUUCAAC